AUAGGUUAGCAAAGAAUGGAUUCACCUCUUAUCGCCACAUAUGGUGCUCGUAUGAGCGCGGACCUUGUCAGCGCCGAGGAUUUCCGUAGACAAAGACAACGUUUGAACAAACAGUUGAGAAAUUUGCGUCAUGAACUCAAUAUUGUCACGAGGGACACCAAGAACUACAGUGACAAAGUUCCUAAAGUGACCAGUGAAAUUUUAGGAAAAGAUGAAAAAUAUGGAUACUUACUCUUGUUAACUGCUGAAAGAGACAUCUUGUACGCUUGUGAAAUUAAGAGUUUACUUGAACUUGGGACUGACGGUGCAUCUUCAUACAAAAACCUCUUGGUUAGUAAGAACAAGAAAGCCUUAGUCCAUGCCAAGAAGGUAUUGGAACUGAAGUACGCUAGUGACCACAGCUACAAGAUAGAGCUGUACGUGUAUGCUGCUCUUAUCCAGGGAUCUCUUUCCAUCACCAAGAAACAAUGGGAAGUCGCCCUUCAUGCGUUUGCUGUGGCCCGUUGUGGAUUGGAGUACUUGAACGAAAGUGAAUCUGAUUCAUUCAAGAAAACCUUAUUCAAGGAUCUUUUGGAAUCUAUUGUUGAUCCAUCUUUGAACUUGGUGGUUUCUCAAUCCAACUCCUCCGUUAAUGGUGGAUUUACUGACUUGAAGUCUAUUGCCCGUAAGCAUUGUCGUGACAAUGAAUUACCAUAUUUGGGCAAAUUGGUUGAUUAUAUCAACUCUAUUGAUGGAACUUUCUUAUCCGAUAUUUCUUCUGAAAGAGAUUUGAUCCGUAGUAUUGAAUGGAGAGGACAUGAGGCAACACUCACAAAUAAUGAAAUUGCAUUCAAAAUCAUGAAAUUGAAUGAAACCACUGAUGUUGACUAUGAUGAGUUGGCCCAAGGAUGGUCCGAAUUGGUUGACAUACAUCGUAGUGAAAGAAAUAUCGACGAGGAUGAUCAUCAAGUCGUGCAAGAAAGAGCCAUUCUUGACACCUAUCUCAACUAUAAUGCACUUUUCGCCAAGUUGAAGAGAGACAUCGAGUUCCUCAGCAAGGAUGAUGGCAGUCGUACUAGUGAAAUGCUUCUUUCCAACAUUAUAGCUACCGUUAAGGUUCUCAAAGACUUGCCAGGUGUCUAUAAUGAUGAAGAAUUAUAUCAAACUUUGGAAAACUUGGAAAGCUUUUAUGUUUCUAAAAGAAUUGUAUACUUUGCCAAGUUGUAUUCCAAAAUUAAAAAGCUUCCAGAAGCUCUUAAAUUAUACAAUCAUGUUAACGAAUCUCUCAAGCCUGAAAACCCAUAUUUGGUUGAUCUUUUAUAUGAUGUCAGCACUUUUGAAGAAUACAAGACCUUCAGAACUACUGUUCAAGAAGAGUUACAUCAAUGCCAUAUCUUGACUCAAAUUGCUCGUGAUACAGAGGAAUCAUCCACUUGUCACCAAGCUAUUGUGGAAAAUGUUAACCAAUACACUGGAUCAAAAGAUUCCCUCAAAAAUAUUAUUGGGUUUGAAGAAGGAAUAACGAUCAGUCCUGUGUUGAGUAAGCCUGUUUUGUUUGACAUUGGGUUCAAUUACAUCAACUAUGAUGCUGGUAGAAGCCAUUACUCGUCAUCUCCAGUAGUAGAAUCUGCACCAGGGGCAGCCACUUCCACCACUGAUGAUUCUGAGACUAGACAACGUAGUGGAUUCUUUGGAAUGUUUGGAAGAUCUUAAGAAUACUCUUAUAAUCAUGUAAUCAAUGUAUAAUAGAAAUAAUAAAAAAUUACCUAUAAUAAAUUAAUAU